AUGGAAGGGGAAUGGGCAGCUAGUGUGGAGGAGCUCAAAGGGGAGCUGAAGGUGGAUCGAGAUCGGAGGAUAGAGCUCGAAACUCAGAUGGGCGAGUUGCUUGACAGGCAGGGGGCCGAGGCCAAACUGGUAGAGCGAACAGCUGGCGAGCUACAAGAAGAACGGGAAAAGCGGGCCGUGCGGGAAGAGUGUGGAGGUGCUAAUGGAGCAGGCCGACGGCGGGGACAGCGCGGAGUCUCAGGCAAAGAACAGCGGGCGAGAGCAGGCGGCAACACGGGGGCUCGACAAUGCUACAGUGAUGUAGGGCGGCAGGCUUCGGGUGGGACGGGACGAGCAGCAGGGAGCCCGUCGCCGCGUGUCAGUGGCGCACGGCGGGUGGAGAAGCAGCUACCGCGAACUGGAGGACAGCAAUCGCAGGCGGGAGGCGAACGUGUAGAGCGAAGGGUCCUGGUGGUGGGGGACUCCAACGUAGCGAGGGUUGAGCAGGGCGUCCUUACAAAAGUGAAGGCGGACGGGCGGGUGAGGGUGGAGGCCCAGUCAGGGAAGUGCAUGGUUGACGCAUUGACAAAAGCUCAGAAGGCGGUAUGGGGCAACAUGGAGCACGAAAAUAUGGUCGUUAUCUAUGCUGGCCUCAAUGAUGUGCUGAAGGGAAGGAGCCAGAACCUAAAGAGACGGUUAGAGGUUGGGUUGCGUAAACUCAGAGAAGCCUCUGCGAAUGUGCAUGUGAGCAUACGCAGAAUCCCAGAGGUCCAGGGCCAGGCUAGCGGGAUGGAACGGAGUGUGGUCGAGGCUAACCGGGUCAUUAGGGGUCUGAGCCGACCACUUGGGUACGGCGUAAUGGACGUAAACCGGGACGUGUACGAGUCUGGCUCCCACCCUUUUGCACAGGAUGGCAUUCACUACAGUGGUGCCACGGGCAGGAAGGUGGGGCGGAUAGGGCGCCAAGCUACGGCUUUUCUCGGGGGACCCAGAGCCCUGAGGCCACCAGUGUAUUUAAAGACGGACCCGGAGAGGCCCCAAGAUUCAAGAAACGUAGUCUGUAGGAGAACAUAUAGACUUAAGCACCAGUGGCAAGUCUAUUCGGACAUAUGA